AUGAUGUCAAUGAGGUUAUCCAAUUAUUGGCAGAUCGUGCGACAGCGGCCGCUGUGGGCGCCGACUGGCGACACUCAGGAGCUGCACACGGAAUGGGAGCACAGCGAGUUCAUCGCCGAGUGCCUGCAGUGGCAUAACGCCUUCCGCGCGCGCCACGGCGCCCCGCCGCUGCAGCUCUGCCCACAGUGGCGUGGUGCUGUUGCAGGGCAAGAAGUGGCCAGCUACUGGUACAGCGCCUGCCGCCAGUACAACUACGACAAGGAGCCCGAUGUCCUCCACGCCAACGUCAACGCUGGGCACUCCACGCAGCUGGUAUGGGCGCGCUGCCGCCUGCUGGGGCUGGGGAAGGCGCGGUCGCGCGCUGGGAAGGUGCUGGUGGUGGCGCACUACAGGCCGCCUGGCAACGUGAGCGGCGCCUUCCAAAGCAACGUGGCCCUGCCGCUGCCCGAGUGCUCCUCCACUCGCUCGUCUCGCUCCACCUCUCCGCAGCCGCAGGCGCCGCCGCAGCCGCUCUGCUAGCCAGCGCAGUUUCAGGUGGAGCAGUGGGCAGCAACACUUUUGCGGUCGGAACGACACGGCUGCUAUCUGGCAGACGUGGCGGAAAGUAAAGCUCAACGAAGACCCACUUGGCUUCCCUUCCCGGACGACUCGUAGCGCCACCGGCACGGCCCACUGGGCGAAGUGAGGGUCUCUGCGUGAACGCAUCAUGUACGUUGAAUGACUCGGCACCAUUUCUAAACUCAACUCCUGUUUGAAAGUACGAGUUCCUGAAACGUGUAGAUUUGUUGCAUAAUGCAAAUGUUAAUUAGAAAACAGUAAAUGCUCCUUGUUUUUUAAAAAAGCUACAAGAUUAGGAGUAUGCCACAGGACAUUGCUCAAUUUUUUUUAAAAUGGCGUUACUUUCAGGGGUGUGAACCAUGAAAAUUUAGAAACAGGAGAGUGUGUUUCAACUGUUACCCUGGACCCGCAUUUGUCGCACGAGGAAGCUCAAUUCUAGAGCUGACUCUUCGAUGUGUGAGGUGGGGAUACGACGUCGAUGUUAAUAUUUUUAAAAAACAUCGAUGUUUAUUAUUUUAGUAAAGAUGAUGUUUUUUGACAUCGGUAAUGUUUUUUUGUCUCGCGAAUUGGCUGACUUGGGCCACGCGUACAUGCACACACACAUACACAACACACACGCACAUACACAACACAACCAUGACCGCACAUACACAACACAACCAUGACCGGGGCGACUCUCGAACCCGCCAUAUUCUAGUCCAGCACUACUGCUUUAGCGACCUUUGUCAUCUGAGGGCCGUCGGUGCUUUUAUGUUUUGAUAAUUUUUUUGCUUGUGAAUUAAUAAUUAUGUGAAAGUUAAAAAAUGAAAUAAUUGUUGCCACGAACUUUGUACUUCCUCCAUCGACCAGUGAGAUGAGGCCCGAUCCCGGUGCCUUGGCGUUCCCUCGGAGAGGCGGCGGGCGUACGCCUCCUGACCCCUCAUUAUUUUCAAUUUUCGUCAAUUAAAUCUUUAUUAUGCAUGAGAAACAAGCGGGCGUCGUUAGCCGAAUUACUUAACUGCGCUCCGAAAAGUGAUGGAAGUUAAUAAAUUCGAGACUCCGAGGAUUCCUAGGCGGGUGACCGUCUGGAAACCUCGUUUACAAACGGCACCGAGCCCAUGACCGAAGGGAUAAAAGGCACUGACUGCGACGUGACGAGACAAAGAGACAAACACUUAUCGAGGAUUCCUUCAGAUACGCUCAAUGCUCAGAAGGGUUUAGAGACGCGUCGACGAACACGAAAAAUAAAAAAACAAAAUAAAAAAUACGGCCUCUCUCAGUUCGAAUUCUUCCCGUGCGAUCCCUAAUGUAGGCAAUAAACCAGAUGGUUUGUAGGCGACGAAUUGUUAACAUCGAUGUUUGAAUUUCUAUGUUGUGUUGUCGAUGUCAUAUUCUUAAUGUGAGGAACAAUACUGUUACACACUUGGGCGUGCGCAUCUGGUAGAGAACGCUCUCCUGUUUCUAGUUUCCGUGGUUGAAACUAAUUCGUUAGUAUAUAUAACUGGUAAUCAGGAUAGGUUACUAUGAUACGCACAAGAAUUACUUCACUUUGCAGGAAACUGCGUAAAAGUGAUGAUUGGCGAAAGGUUCACUUUGAAGAGAUCAGUAUAAAUACGUUUUUAUGCAUAGAAAUUACAUUCAACAAUUCAUGUACAUUAAGUCAGACGUUGAAAAAAAUCCUUAAUUUUCCUAUAGCAGUAUUUGAAGUAGAAAAACUACUCAAAUAUAAAUUAUAUAAAUAAAAAAAAUUGUUAAUGUAAAAUAUACUUCGGUAUAAGCAUAACGUAAAUGCUGUAAUAAUUUAAUUUUCUAAAAUUAAGACGAAAAGUUUUUUCAUGAAUGUUUCGUUCUUACAACAAAUAUUUUUUUCUUUAUUCUUUAUACAAAAUAUAAUACUUUGUCAAACACAUUAUAAUUUGCCGAGUUUUUACAAAUAUUAUUGGCAUAAUGAUUUGUGUCAAGCAUGUUCCAAUCUUUCUUAAAGUUACAUGUUUGUUAUACAUACUUCCUGAAAAAGAUGUCAUUAGAGACGUCUAGUGCAAGUCUUCAUUUGCUGUAAAUUUAUUAUACAAAUAGUGUCAUCGGUCUAAUGAUGAAAACAUACGCCUCAUACAUUUUGCUUGAAUACUAAAUUACAAAGGAAAUUAUAAAUGAUAAAAAGUGUAUUACCAUUUAUUUAAAUUACAUGUAUUGGUUUUCCUUAUCACGCCACAUGUUCAUUGGAAAUGUCCGAUAAAUUCGCGAAUCGCAAAGCGACGUUGGAAAUUUCCAAUGCCCGAGUGGUAUUUAAUAAGACUGUUCCAUGAAUGAAAUUACCUUUCAAAAAUGUUUCAUAAAGCGCCUAAUUGUAACUAUAUUGUGUUCGCAAAUGACAGCGCUUCCUACGAUUGAUGUAUCGCACCUUGUGACUGGCAGCAGGGAGAAGGUGGUAAGAAAAAGCGAUAAUUUUUAUUCGGAUACACGGUCUUCAUGGUUGCGUACCAGAUAAAUAGUUGAAAGCGAUCGGUGUUAAUUUCACGACUGGAAUAGUGACUGUAAUUUUGUAUCAUGUACAAAAUCGUCAUGUUUGUUAUUGGUAUAUUUAUUAAAAGCAAAGCAAAACAUGAGUUGUACUAUUUUGAAC